UUCAGUGUGGCGGAACACUUCGAAAUCCCGAAACUCCCACACGUUGUCUUCACAACAAAAAUACCCUGAAUACGUGUACUUGUCGCAUGUAAACAAGGUACGUUAUCCCUGUCUGGAGAGUACUUUCAUGUCAUCUCCAGCUGGGUUACAGGCUCAGCAGUGCCAAACAAACUUCCUCUCCCGAUGGAUGCCAAGCAGCUCUUGUGUCGGGGUUAUCCUGAACCACUCCCUAGACCUGGCUGAGUCUCUUCGACAUAGCUCUGUCUGGGGGUCCCGGGACGUGGACGACUCCUUCGCCUCUCAAUUCCUUUGCCCCUGUGUACAUUUCCUUGUCCAUGAUGCUGAGUCUGGGACAGAAUUGAACAAACAGAACCAGCGACCUGGGGAUAGGCCUGGAGAGAUGGACAGUAUGGAGAAGUUGGUAAAACAGUCUCAAGACCUACCCUUGAUACUUGAACAGCUGAGGCAGUGGCAGCAACACAUGCAGGAGCAACUGAAAGCCCACCAGCUGGAAGAGCUGGUCCAUCUCCAGGAGGAGCAACAGAGGCUACUCGGCAUGGUGCAUGUGGCUCAACAGGAUGGAGCAGAUUACAUAGAGACCUCCAGGUUGACGGGAGCAGACUGGAGAGGGAACUCUAUUGGGGGACGCCCCCUUCCUCAAAGUUCCCCAACAGCCCAGAGCUUCCCUAUAGGCCCCCGUCUUCCCAGCUUUGGAGAGAGGGGCCUACCUUCCAACAACCUCCAAGGGGCCAGGAGCAGGAGGGAGAGGAUCAGGACCAAACACUGGGGACAGAAGCAUGGAGCAGUCCACACAAACAUCAGCUGAGUGGGAAUGCUGAUCAUAUUGGUGAUAAUGAGAUGGAAGAAGUCAUGUUAUCCCCCAUUCUGCUCCCUCUAUGAUCGAAUAAUGCAAAGAUUACAGAGGAGAUGACAGUGAACUAGACUCACAGGACAGACCCAUUAAACAAGGAAGAGAGGGGCAGAAGCAGACAUUUGAGGAGCUCCUGGAGGAAGAGCAGAGACUGAAGACCACCCAGCAGCAGCAGAGCCCAGAGGCAGUUGAGGGUGCCAUUCCCAAAAGGGUCUUCUCUUCCUGAGGCAAGGGGAGGGCCUCUCCAGAUUCACCAAUAGAAGCAAAGCCAACAGACAGAGACCCCAAACCCCAGGGGACCUCAGAACCCAAGCCCACCCAGAGGGUCAGUCAGUGGCCUCUCAUACAGUGCAAGACUGCUGUGCUCAACAAGGCGAAUAGACCCAGAAAUCCCUGCUCACCCCCCCUGGACAGUGGCAGUCCAGACAGCAAGGCAGCGCAGCCAGACCGGGAGACCGGGAGUCCUGGGCAGUCACCACAGACAGAACAUGGCGACACCUGACCUUCUGAGACCUAGGAAUGUGAUUAGUAACAAGGUGGGUGGGACUUCUCAGCCUGUGAGUAGAACUCCUGCAGCGAAAUGGAAGUGGUCCAUUGAGACUAGAUGGAGCAGCAGAGGGAAAACCAGGUGUUGUUUCAGAGUAUUCCUUUGAGCUGUCGUUUCAGGAGAAGCUGCAGCGCUGGGACUGUGACCGUCACAAGGAGUGUGUGGAGCUAGGAGAGUUUGAGCUGCUGGAGCAGGCAGCCGAGGAGCUCUUUCUCCUCCAACUCAUCCUUCGUCAUGAAGGCUUGUAAUGCUUUUAUUCCUGUCUUUUUUUUUUAUCAUGUAUGGCAUUAACAUUUUUUUUUGUAUGUUUCACAAAUUAAUGCUACACAAUUGCUUAGUAAAUGUAAACCUACAGGUGCUGCAGCUGGACCAGCAACACCCCCACCAUGGCAGCUGGGGGCACCACGCCUGUCCUCCAAUCAAAUCCCCCAAACCCUUUCCAACUAAAGGUAUUCACAGCGGAGGCACCAGUAAAAGUGGCCUAGGAACAGGGACCAGCUCCUUUGAAUCAUCAGGAGUAUCUGCUGUGAGGGCAAAGGAGGUUGUGAUGAGGGAAAAAGGAAAAGCCACUGAGGAGGAAGAUGAAGUGAGGGACCGCAAACAUGAGGAAAUCUGUAUUUCGUUCCAUAGCAGCUCUGAAUUCGGGGAUCAGGAGGAAGUAGCCCGACCGCCGUACCAAACUAUAUUUCCCAGCAACCCCUGGGAAAACACGCUGCCCACAUCCAGCCCUCCAUACGACAAGAGGAUAAGAGCGUCUGCUAAAUGACUUAAAUGUAAAUGUAAUG